UUUUCUUCCACUGACCGGAUGUUGAUCUUUUUAUUUUGCCAACUCUCGCUACAAUGUAGCAUCUUGCUAUAUAUGGCAUUUGUCGAUAUUCUACUAUCAUUUUCCAGCGUACUGUUGUUAUCGAGGAAUGUGUCUGCAGUCUCCCACGUUAUGGAAGGCAUCACAAGGUCAUGCAUGCAGUCAGGCCUCUAACCUGCACCUUAGCCCUAAAGCCAUUGUGCUUCUAGUAGGUGAAGGUGCUUCCUUCAUCUGUCCUCCAUUCUUCCCCACUGCCUCCAACAGCAUUAGUUCCCUAUGUUAACUCUGUUGAGUAUGUUUUACUAUAUUUGUCUGCGGCGACGCUCCAGGAGUGGGACUCGGGGUGAGGCACUGACCAGUCGGCGAGCGGUGGAGUCAGGUCAACGGGCGAUAUUGCCUGUCAGUGUGGAGGUGGAGCAGUACACCAAGGAAGUUUUGGACUUCAGCUCUCAUUAUGGCAGUGAGAAUAGUAUGUCCUACACCAUGUGGAACCUGGCUGGUGUACCUAAUGUUUACCCCAGCUCCGGGGAUUUUACACAGACUGCUGUAUUCAGAACUUAUGGAACAUGGUGGGAACAAUGUGCUAGCGCUCCGCCACGUUUCCGGCGCACCCCUAAAGGAUUUUACAGCCAGGAUUAUAUUGAAUUGGGCUUUGAAGAGCCUGUUUACCCUACAGCUGUGGAGGUGCUUGAGACCUAUUACCCUGGGGCGAUUAUCCAGAUUCUGGCCUGCUCGCAUAACCCCUUUUCCCAAAAUCCAACCACGGAUGUCAGGUGGGAGGUGUUGUGGUCAGGGGAGCCCACUAAGGUACUGGCACCCCAGGCUCGCCAGUUUUCACCCAACAUCAAGCACAUUAGUUUUCCUACCAACUUGCUACGCCUGGAGGUCAAUAGCUCUCUUCUGGAUUAUUAUACUGAGCUGGAUGCUGUCAUCCUUCGCGGAGUAAAAGAGAGGCCCAUGCUCGCGCUAUACAAAAUGCCCGUCAUCGACAUCAUUGACCUCAGUGACAGCGAGGAGGACCUUUCUGAUUUGGGAGGUCCAUUCAGACAGAAUGCAGAUAGCCGGACAGGCAAUGGCUACUUUGACAAACUACCCUAUGAGCUCAUUCAGCUUAUACUGAGCCACCUGACCUUGCCGGACCUGUGCCGUCUGGCCCAGAGCUGUAAGAUGCUUCACCAGCACUGUUGUGACCCGCUGCAGUACACCCAGCUGAGUUUGCAACCCUACUGGGCCAGGCUGAGUGACACCUCCUUGGGACACCUGCAGAGCCGCUGCACACGCCUCCAGAGGCUCAACCUUUCUUGGACUGGCAACCGUGGAGCUCUCACCCUGAAUAGCUUUAGCAGUUUCAUGAAGGUCUGUGGGCCCAGUCUGGUGAGUCUGGAACUGUCUUGCUGCCACUUUCUGAAUGAGGGCUGUUUGGAGGUUCUUGCACAGACUUGUCCAGGGCUGCAGGAGCUUAACCUAGCCUCCUGCGACCGUCUUCACCCACAGGCCUUCACACACAUUUCAAAGCUCACACGCCUACGCAGACUUGUGCUUUAUCGUACCAAGGUUGAGCAAACAGCUAUUCUUAGCAUCCUGACUUUCUGCAUCGAGUUGAAACAUUUGAACCUCGGGAGCUGUGUCAGGAUCGAAGACUAUGACGUUGUUGCUAGUAUGCUGGCUGCUCGGUGCCACUCACUAUGUUCACUGGACCUGUGGCGCUGCAGAAACCUGACAGAUAGGGGCCUGAAUGAGCUUGUGUCUGGCUGCAGAAUGUUAGAGGAGCUAGACUUGGGAUGGUGUCCCACACUGCAAAGCAGCACUGGAUGUUUCCAGCACCUCGCCCGCAGUUUACCACGCUUACGGAAACUCUUCCUCACAGCCAACCGCACAGUCCGUGACUCGGACAUAGAGGAAUUGGCCUCAAGUUGCCCCUUGCUACAACAUCUCGACAUACUGGGGACGCGGCUUGUGAGUGCUGUCUCACUGAAGAAACUCCUCCAAUCGUGUCCACAGCUGCGCCUCUUGGAUGUUUCCUUCUGUGCCCAGAUAGACACGAGGAUAGCCCAAGAGCUAUCUGGCCUCUUCCCUAGUGUAGCCAUCAAGCGGAGUUUCACACACUAACCGUAGCAUGGUCUCAUUUCUCACUGCUCUGAUGAAGCCGGAGGAGACAAAAUGACGCAGAAGAUGGAGAGACGCUUCAGUAUCGCAACAUCAUCUGUUAGCGUUCAGUGAAUAAGGCAAUCAAACUCAGGAUGAAGGUCUUAAGAUUGGAAUGGACCAGAAUCAAAGAAACCACUAGAAACUCCUAGCCAGAGGGCUAACAAAUAUGAGACUUAUUUUUAAGGUCAACAACACAUGGCUAUACAUAGCUUUGACUUGAAAAUUAUGUUCACUAGAACAUCAUAGAAAAUAAGAGGAAUGAAUGUGAAAAUCAAUCAUUGGUACAAACUGCUGAGAAAACAGCAGUUGGACUCGGUUUUGACCUCCUUCUUGUAUGAUCAUUGAUUAGGGCUUUGAUCAGUGUCUUCUCAGACUGACCUAAUAUUUGAUGUGCUAGCAAAAUAGAGUUUAAGCCCCAAUCUAAUGGCAACAUCCAGCCACUUUGGUUCAGUUAUCAGAAAUCAUUCAUAAUGCUGUUGCAGUGGAUGUAUGGACUCAAGGCUGAUUAAAUGGUUUUUUUUUUGUGAUGUGUAAAAGACAUCUUGAAAAAUGUUUUCAAAAGAUUUCCACUUCAACUGUUACCUAUGAUCUGUCCAACUCAAUUGAAAUUUGAGCCAUUUUUUUAUAGAGGGGGAAAAGGUUUUCUCAUGUGUUAUCAUUGUGUUGCAAGUUAAUGUGCCAUUUUGUACCCACUUUUUGCUCAAAUGCACCAAAUCUGUCAGAUUGUGCACUACCAUCUUCUGAUGUUGGAUCAGAUUCAGAUCUGGACUCUGAUUGACCCUUUCCAAAACCUUUAUCUUCCUCUGGUGAAUCCAUUGUUUUGUUAAUUUAAAGGCAGCACGGUGUAAAGGUGUUUAGCACGUCUGACUCGCAGUUCUCUGAUCCAGGGUUCCUGUCCGUGUGGAGUUUUCAUGUUCUCCCUGUGGUUCUCUCCUACAGCCCAGAAACAUGCAUGGUAGAGUGAUUGACGAAAAAUUGUAUGAGUGUGUGCUUGAAUGAUUGUUUUUCUUAUGUGCCCUGCAAUUGCCUGGCAUCCGGUACAGUCUGUACAUCACCUCCUGCCCAUAGUUAGCUGUGAUAGGCUCCAGCACCUUCAUAAGAAUAAGUGGCACAGACAAUGAAUGAAUGUUAAUUUGGAUAUGUGGAUUACCGUCAUGCUGAAUUUUAAAGUUCAGAUGCAUCUUCAGUUUUAUUACAGAGGCCUUCGAGUUUAGUGCUAGAGAAAGCCAUUUUCAACACUUGACUUGAGCUAAAACCUUUACAAGAAGACAUACAGUACAUGAGCACUUAACAAUGUCAUAGAUUUGAGAAAAGAAUUAAGUUGACCACAUUUGGACAUACAGUCAGCGAUUUUAGGUCAUUGCAGCAAUGAGUUUGAAUUAGAUUUUUCGUUUCGAACAAAUGCCCAGUUAGCUAUAAAAGGUAGGCUGACUCUUAUCGCUGUAGUUCAUUUUUGCCUUCCCUACCUAAAAUAUUUAUUAUUUUUUUCAAGUGAGUUGUCAAGAUAAUAGGUGACAGGAAUAUUGGAAAAUGUUUUGAAAUGAUUCACGUUGAUAUCACAACACAAAUAUGUACAUGGCAUUUGAACAGGUAUGUGUAGACUUUCUGUGUAAUUUUUAUGCAUUCAAAUUCACUAUGAAUGUUAACGUGGGCUAAAGGUUGCAAUGCUUUUACAUGGGACCGCAGUCGAAUCAAAUUUAAAUAUAGGUGUCAUCCUCAGAGAAAACAUUUGAUUUCAGAAGUUGUACAAUGUCAUCCAUGGACACCCAAUUUAGCUUAUAUUUCUUUUUUCAAAUCGUAGACUUGAUAAGUAAUGAUAAUAAUAAUACUGUAUCAUAAUCAUAAAUGAAUAAAUUUGAGUUGCUGGCCAUUUUUGUUGAAACAAAGCACUUAUUGCUUAUUGUAAUCAGUAUAAAUCUUAAUAUAUUGUUCUAAAAAACAAAUUGGAGUUUAAAGAUUAAAUGCUUCUUUUCUACUCUGACAUAAUUUCCAGUCAGACUGACUGAUUUAGUUUUAGUAUUUCAGGUAGUGCUGUACAGUGCAUAACCUAAAUAUGAGCCCACUAUCCAGCUGCCUUUCCCCCCCCAGCCAAAGACAAGUUAGCAAAACAUUACUACAGAUUUUUGUCAAGUUGUCUUUUCUGUUGCCCUUGUCAGUCACUGGUUUUUGACUAUUUAGUUGCCAAGCAACCAAAGAGACGUUACACUUAAAACUUUUCGUUUAAAAUGACACUGUGUAAAUACUGUUUUGACCACUUUAGGCUUAGUUAUUAGUGAGUAAUUUAUGAAGCUCAGGGUUUUUUUUGUUUUGUUUUGUUUUUCGCUGAUUUUGCUCCAAACCAUCUAGGCAGACAUCACAACACACUCUCCUAAUCAAAUUUAUAAUGUACCAAUAUUUUAGCCACUUAGCUUAAAACUUUUGAGGAACGUCAUUCUACCUCAAACCAAGAUGCAAAUUGAAUUCCACCUACAAAUAUAUAAUAAUACUGAAAAGAAUGUAAAUUAAAGUUAAGACUAUGCCACUCAACACACGAUUAACUUUCCCCACUAAAGUAAUUUGUUCAUUGUUCUUAAAAAUGUGUAUUUGUGCCUUAUAUUCUUGUUUGAAUUUUUUUGUGACAAUGUGUUUUAGGCUAUUCUAUUUGCUUGGUUGAACACUGCCAUGGAAAAGUCUUUGCCCCUUCUCAGAUGCCUGUUAUUAUGUAUACUUUCCUCACUUUAAUGUUUACGAUAGUGAAACAAAUGUUCAUAUUGGCGGUAACCCAAGUAAAUAAAAUGCAGUUGUUAUAAGUUCAUUUUACAUAUUAAGGAAGAAAUACUAUUUCAAACAAACCACCGAGAAAAAAAAAAUUUGAGAAGCGGGCGAAAGCUUUUUCGUGGCACAGUAUCUUCAACAAAGUUGCUUGUACGAGCUGUUACGAUUUCUUUGUCACAUGCUCGAUAUCCUUAUGCAAAAUACUGUUUAUUUUUAUGUGUUCAUGCAGGGAAGUGUUUAGUUUUAGCCACACUAUUUGAAUUGCUAUCUACUAAAAUAAUAGUUUUACGGAAUACAAGGCUUUUUUUUUUUUUUUUUUAAACACCAAAUGUGAAGUUUCAGCAUAAUAGGAACUCCAUCACAGCGAUCCGUAUCGUGGUUACUGUGGUUAAGUACUCGGCAUUCUAGCAUUAAAGCAACCUAAAACUUGUACUUUCAAACAAAUGUUGUGUUUGUUGAAGACCUUCCUGCACUAUAUGCCUUCCCUGAAGUCUUUUGAAGUGGAAACAUACAAUUUUCACCUACAGGCCAUUGGCUAUUGUUGAUUUUUUCCAAAGGAUGUAUCCCAUUGUUAUAGUAGGUUCUAUUUAAACAAGAAAAUGCAAAUACUGUACAAACUUUCGUGAAUUAGUUCUUCAAAGUCUCAUUAAUGGCUUUUUAUGCCAAGUUUGCAAUGGCUUGGCACUGAAGUGUAAAUCAUCUUAUCCUCAUAUUGACAAUAUAUUGAAUACAAGAUAAAGAUUCCAAAUUAUGCUCUAGGUCAGAGGUGGGCAAUUAAUUCCACAAAGGGCCGCAGUGGGUGCGGGUUUUUGUUGCAACCCAUUAAAGGGGAUGUUUCGGCAAAGGGGGUGUGAGACAUCAAUAGAACCGUUAUGCGCCAAGAUAACAAAUAUUGAUAAAGUUAACAAAAAAAUCAAUCACAUUAAUGAGCAAUUAUCGAAAAUAGAUCGAAAAUGACGAACACUACCGAAAGUGUUCCGGAAACAGCCGAAUGGGGCGGCGACGUCACGACAAGUGAUUGAAAGUCGAGGCGGAGCUAGGUGGCAUUGUUUUUUAACGACGAGAGAGUAGCGUUGGGGUUUGUUUGACCAAAACAUCACAACAAUGGUUCAAAACUGCUGUGCUAUGUGGUGUACAAAUAGUUGUUUAUCGGAAUAUAGUAUCCAUGAGUUCCUGAACGCGAAAAAAAAAGCUGGACUACACAGAAAAUGGGUAAAGUUCGUCCGUGCAAAGAGGGCUAAUUUUCUAGGCACAGCCUCCGGCACGCUUUUCUGUGGUGCGCAUUUUCCAACUGAAAGCUUCUCGAACUAUGGACAAGAGAAAUCGGGUUUUGCUAAAAGAUUGCUGCUCAAAGGAGAUGCGGUGCCGACCAUAGAUGCACAGCCACCUAAAUGUCCCGAGAUAUCAAGAGAGAGACGAUGACUGCUAAAGGAGGCUAAAGCUACGCAAAGAAGGGAGCAGCCAAGCUUGAAAUGGCCAGAGGUGACAGAGUGAUGGAGUUCUAAAACCAAGUCGGUAAUCCCCCCAAAGAAUCUUUGCUGACAGUAAGGCCGAACACACGAGGCCGUGGGGUUUAUUCAUGAUCAUCUGACUUGUUGCACUGUUGAUUGGGCAUUCAUUGUAUUUUAAAACCAUUGUUCAUUUUUUCCCUAUGCACCCCUGCUCCUUCCAAUACUUUUUACUUCACAGUUUGUCUUGGUGGCAGCAAAAUCUUCUGCACUUCCAUACCAUCUGUUCUGGUGAGGCCAAGUCGUUUUAUGAUCUGAUAUUUAUUUGGUUGUCACAGCACUGAGAUUCUUAACAAAGAAAGGGGAUUUGACAUUUUAGUUUUGCACUACACUUUUGCCUGUGCCAACAUCAUUUACAGUUAAUGAAAAAAUGCAAUGGGCAUGAAAACCAGAGAGCUGUUAUGAGCAAGGGUGUAGGUUUGGCCUCAACAAUGGUAGGGACGAUAUAACAGCAUAACCUGCAUGUACACUUUUUGCUGGGGACGGGACAUUACUAAGACCAAACAGAUUAUUGAACGGAGGUCAGGGCCUCAUUUCUCACGAAUAUGAACCUAAUUAAUUGAUAGGCGAAAGGAUCAAAGCAAAAAUAAAUCUGUUAAAUGCUGUUAUAUCGUCCCUACCAAUGUUGAGACCAAACCUACGCCCUUGCUCAUGAUAUUCUGAUGUGUGAUUUGAUUUCACAGAUUUUUUUUUUCCCAUGUCAGUUCAUGUUCAUGUCAGUGUCCCUCUGAAGUGGACCCAUUCUUGAGACUUGCACUCUGAAGCCAACGCGUUGUAUACGGUAAUGCACAUAAUGCAAACAAUGAUCAAAUAAGGGAUGGCUAUCUAAUGCAGGUCGGAUUUUUAGUAGCACAAACAUUGACGUCUUUUUACAUGACUUACUUGUGCGGCUUGUGCUGGCCGAAAAAAAACUUAUAAUAUCCCUCCUCUUCGAAGGAGGUGGAGGAGGCGGAAUGUUGUAUUUUUGUCAGCGGGUUGAUGUGCAUGUGCUUCUGCGUAGCUGGAGGAGGGGGGUCAUCAGCCAAUCAAAUGUGUGUUUGAGGGGAAAAAAAUGGACCGGGAAACUAAACAAGUGAAAAAGGAUAAAUGUAAGUCUGAACAUAAUGAAAAUAACUUCACUUAAUAAUAGUAGGGUCUAUUCUAUCCUUACAACAUAUGGGAAGAUGAUCUAAAUUACCCAUAUGACUGAACUAGGGCUGCAGCUAUCGAUUAUUUCAGUAGUCGAUUAAUCGAUGAACUAGUUAGUUCAAAUAAUCGAGUAAUCGGAUAAGGAACAUGAAAAAUUAAAAUACUUGAUCUGAGACUCAAUUGGUAUAAAAAAUAAAUAAGGAUCUAUGGACAACAAAAGAACAAUUGGCUAACUUACAUAGCAAAAGUCCGCUAGCUUAAAUGCUAUAAAACGCUAACGUUUUUUAUUAUUAUUAUUAUUUUUACAAUGCUCUCAACAAAUGGUUCAGACACACAUUCGUACAAAAAACGGUAAAAUAUACCUAUAAACUAAAUAACGAAUGCAUUAAAAAAGCAAAAAAGCUCAAACAAAAACUUGGCUUAUGUUGGUCUUAACAUGGAGCAGCUGGGUUCAGCCAUGUGAAAAUAGCCAAACUAGUGGGCAGUGUAUCCACCUAAAUCAAUAAAACUAAAUAAUAACACUUUCAAAAUUAACCAUUACAAUGCCAAUUUAAUUAAUUAAUUAGUCCCAAUUUAAUUAAACUAAUACUCGAAGCAGCAAUAUUUAAUUUGAAUGAUUUUUUUGUAAUCCAAUACUCGAGUUAAUCGAUUAAUCAUUGCAGCACUAGACUGAACUCAUUAUACAGUAUAAUUCAAAACAGGUGUCUUAAAAGUUGGUGGAGACAAUUUGAGCAUCCUGAAAAGUUGAUAGUGUUAUGUCCCUACCGUCCCUAUGCAAACCUACGCCCUUGGUUAUGGGUGAAAUCCAAACACCUGUGAGGCUGACAAAAGAUUAAAUACAUUUGAGCCCUCACAUGGCAGCCCUUACAACUAGAGAUGUCCCGGUCGCAUAUUUUUGCACCUGAGUCUGAGUCCCGUGUUUGAGGAUCUGUCGAUGCCGAGUCCCAAUCCGAUACAGCAUUUUUUUUUUUUUUGCAUAAAAGUUUUAAACAUAUUACUGUCCCACCGUGCUACCUCCAUAAUGUGAAUUAUUUUUAAACAAGAAUAACAUAAAAC